AUGGGAAAGACAAUUGACGACCGGCCAGCCUACUUGAGCUCCGAUGACGCCAAAUACUCCCUUGGUGUUCAUCGUGGGCCACUGGCCACCGCGGUCGACGACCCUAAGCUGGAGAAAGUCGAGACGGCCGGUGGCCUCUCGCUGGCUACCACUCAAACGCGAAAAGCAAAGUUCGCGCGCCAUUGGAAGCGAUUCUGGUGCUGCUACCUGAUUGGAAAUGUCAUUUUCCUGGCUAUUUUCUUACCGGUCUUCUUCCUGGUCGCUAUUCCAGCCAUCUCACAGCUUGUCGUUGACAAGUCGGACUUGGUACUGGUCAGUGCGGCCGUUAUGCAGCCUCAGCCGAACACCAUGCAGCUUACUUUGCUAUCGGCGCUGGAUUUGAAAAUCGCGCUGCCCGUUCGGAUUGACCCUAUUACUUUGAAUUUGUUUGUUCGCGAUAAUGGCGCAGCCAAUCCUUGGGGUCAGGCCAACUUGACCGGCAUGACCAUUCGUGGAAAUUCCACAUUGGGUGUGACUGACAAGUAUACACCGAUCCUGAAUUCGACUACCUGGACCGAUUAUGUUCGAGACGUUGUUUUCCAAAAGGAGACUGCACUGUCAGUCAAGGGCACGACCGAUUCAUUUCUGGGCGUGUUGAAGUCGAAGGUUACCAUGAACAAGGAUGUGGUAUCUCCGACACUUGACAAAUUCGCUGGCUUCAGCAUCACCGAUACCUCGCUUGUUCCCACCCGCAGCGAUGGCACUAAUCUCGUUGGAAACGUCACCCUGCCAAAUCCAUCCAUCUUGACUCUUGAGAUUGGCACCAUCGUACUCGACGUCAAGAGCGGCGAUUUGCUGAUCGGUAAUGCGACUGUCGAGAAUUUAACCCUCAAACCCGGAAACCAUGCGAACCCCAUGACCGGCAUUCUGGAUCUCGGGGUCAUCCUCAAGAACAUCGGAACCGUCCUGAAGGAUCAGGCCUCAUCCAUAAAAAAUGGCAGCCUCAGUCUCACUUCUACCACCCGUGAGGUAACCUACAAUGGUACUCGCGUCCCAUACUACUCUGAGGUCAUGUCCGAACUCCCUCUCACAGCGGACGUUUCCAUCGGUGCUACCUUGAAAAACACUAUCAAAAGCUUCCUCGGUAGUGGCUCCGGCAUGAACCUCACCGAGAUCAUCGCCAACCUCAAGAACCAUACCUCCACUACGAGCGGUAGUGACCUCCUCGCAGACCUGAAGGAAGGCCUCCAGUCCCUCGAAAGCAGGGACUUCGUUGCCGACGAGGAAAUUGACGAUGGCGCAGACACCGCCAAAUCCCUCGCCAAGGCUUUGAAGCGGAAUAUCCACGUCCGCGAUAUUUUCCAAGAUGAACAUUCCAUCAAGCGCGACGCGAUGAUCGACUCGUUAGUCGGAUGGCUUGGUAAUCAACAGUGA